CUUCUGCCCGGAUUUAGUCGCGACAAGGCAGCGGACAUAACAGUCUACUGCCAUGACCGGACCUUCAAAAGCGUUGAUGUCCUUGAUGACGCUUCCGGUGAAACCCUCUUCAAAGUCGAUAGCAAAGGCGCAACAUCUUUCAGCUGGCGUAGGGCGAUCUACGACGGCUCUGGUCGCAAACUCUUCGAGCUCCGCCACAUGGGCUAUGCCAUGAAGAAUGACUGGGCAGUCGAAGAUAUCGAGGGCAAACGAAUUUGCUCAUUGAAGCAUGUCAGUGGGAUGGCUGCGCGAAACCGCUCGAAUUUGAACGCUGUCAUACAUGGCCAGUCUGCUGCUGACGAUGUGGGGAAUACUGUUGAGAUUAGACCAAGAGAUCGGGGUGCGUUGUCGACGGUAGUACUGUAUCAAGGUGCGGAGCUGGCGAACAUUCUGAACACUGAAGCCAACGAUGUCUUCUCGCUUGAGAAGAAGGGACUCGAUCGUACUGUUUGGAAGGCUCGUAUCAAUAGUGGAGUCGACAUCAGUUUCAUCCUCGUAGUUGUCCUGUGCCUUGCUGAGAUGGAACACGUCUGGCGGCAAUAA